AUGGUGGAGGGUGGUGUAGCUAUCGUUAAAUAUUUACUUUUUUUAUCAAAUUUAAUACUAUGGACUGGAGGACUUGGUCUGAUAAUCCUGGGAUCAGUGCUGCAGUUGAAGUUUGCAGGGGUGUUAGAUAUAUUAGGGGAUGAAAGGUUAGCGACCCCUAUACUGUUGUUAGCCCUUGGCACCCUAUGUACCUUAUUAGGCUUCUUGGGAUGUUGCGGAGCUAUCAGGGAAAAUUACUGUCUGACAGUUUCAUUCGCGGUUCUUCUAGCUUUGGUUAUUAUGCUGGAAACAGCUGCGGUCAUAACAGCUUACGCUCUUCAUGAAGAUAUUAGAAGUGGGUUGGCUAGCCAACUUCAGCUAGGGCUUCAUCGAUAUAACAAAAGCAGCGGGGUACAGACUGCAUGGGAUCAAACUCACCAGCUCUUCAUGUGUUGUGGUGUCUUCAAUGCAAGCGAUUGGUCAUCUUUGGGGGCUAUUCCAGAGUCCUGCUGCAUUCAUCCUGAAGAGGGAUGUAUUCACGACCUGAAUGCACUGUAUCAGCCAGGUUGUAUAGAUAAAGUUGAGAGCUGGGCGCUUGUCAAUGCCGCUUUGGUUGGAGGAGCCUCAGCAAUACUGGCUGGUCUUCAAGUCAUUGGUGUCUGCUUCGCUUGUUGCCUUUCGAAGAGUAUCUUAAAAGAUUUCCAUGAUUUUUAUUAUUAA